AGCAAGCAGGCAAGCUAGCGAGUAAGCGAGCAAUGCAACUCAGAAGGCUGCAAUGGUGAAAUAAGCACGAUUCGUGAAGGGCAUAUUUUUUUGUUGCACAAUCAAGAGAACAUCGCGGUCUGAGACUCAUUUGUUCCAGUUAGACUUAAUUUCUUAUUCAAAACCUUGAACACAUUGGAAAUUAUGUCCCGAUCGGCGCUGAUCCAACCGGCAAGAUGAUGAUUUUAUCAAGGAGAGGGUUAGGUUGUGUAGCAGAUUCGGUGGUCUUGGUGAUUUUUGUGGUCACCUCUUGCUUGGGAACCGUAUCAACCAAGGAUACUGCCUUUGUGGAAGUUGUGCUUUUUGAGUCAAGUCCAAAUGGAGAUUAUACCACUUACACGACCGGUUUGCAAGGAAGAUUCUCCAAGGCUGGAGCCACAAUCAGCGCUGAGGGUGAAAUCGUACAAAUGCAUCCUCUGGGGCUGUGCAACAACAACGACGAGGAGGACCUGUACGAGUAUGGCUGGGUGGGCGUGGUCAAACUCGAGCAGCCCGAGCUGGACCCUAGUUGCCUGACGGUCCUGGGGAAGGCCAAGAGAGCAGUGCAGAGAGGAGCAACUGCAGUCAUCUUUGAUGUGUCGGAAAACCCAGAAGCCAUCGAUCAACUGAACCAGCUGUCGGAGGACCCCCUGAAGAGACCCGUGGUGUACGUCAAGGGCGCCGACGCCGUCAAGCUCAUGAACAUCGUCAACAAGCAGAAAGUGGCCCGGGCCAGGAUCCAGCACAGGCCGCCAAGGCCUGCGGAGUAUUUUGACAUGGGCAUCUUCCUGGCUUUUUUCGUGGUGGUGUCCCUCGUCUGUCUCAUCCUGCUGAUCAAGAUCAAACUCAAGCAGCGCCGCAGCCAGAGCUCCAUGAACAGGAUGGCCAUCCAGGCGCUGGAGAAGAUGGAGACGCGCAAGUUCAAGGCAAAGGGCAAAGGUCAGCGCGAGAGCAGCUGCGGGGCGUCCGACUCGCUCAGCAGCAGCUCCACCUCCGACUGCGCCAUCUGCCUCGAGAAGUACAUCGACGGAGAGGAGCUGCGGGUGAUCCCCUGUGCCCACCGGUUCCAUAAGAAGUGUGUGGACCCGUGGUUGCUCCAACACCACACCUGUCCGCACUGCAGACACAACAUUAUAGAACAAAAGAAGGGAAACGGCGGCCCGGUGUGUAUGGAUCCUGGGAACCCGGUGCACGGCCGGCAGCAGAGGGUGGUGUUGCCCGUCCACUACCCGGGCCGCGUGCACCGCGCCGGCCAGGUGACCGCCUACCCGACGCGCACCAGCAUGGACCCGCACGGCAACCCCAUCACGGUGCUGACGGUGGACCAGCACCCCGAGCAGGGCCUGUACCCGGGCCAGUCCUCCGCCUUCCUGCGCGGCGGCUAUCCCACGCUGCACCUGGAGCACACGCUGGGGCCGCACCACUGCGCCGCCAUGGAGCACCGGGCCAACGCCGCCGCCGCCGCCGCCGCUGCCGCCGCCGCCGGUUACCCGCAGUCGCACGCCGGCGGCGGCUUCAAGCGCUCCAAGUUCCACGGGCGCAACUUCUCGCGCGCGCCCUGCUUCUCGCAGUACGAGACCAUGUACCAGCACUACUACUUCCAGGGCCUGACCUUCCCCCAGACUGAUGCCCACGGUCAGCCCACAGGGGGCGCUACAGGGCCCCUAGGCCCACAUAAGGGCCAGAGCCGGGCCUUCCAGCAGGGACUCCUCUACCCCACCGUGGUCCACAUGGCCCCCACCUCCAGCUCGCGGCUGGGGGACGUCGGCCUCGGGCCGGGAGGAGGAGGCGGUGCCGGGGGUGCCGGUGGCGCUAGCAGCAGUUCGGGGCUCAGCUGUUACCACGGCCACCGGUCGGUGUGCAGCGGCUACCUGGCCGACUGCCCGGGCAGCGACAGCAGCAGCAGCUCGUCGUCGUCGGCGCAGUGCCACUGCUCGUCCAGCGACUCCAUGCUGGACUGCACCGAGGUCAGCAACCAGGGCGUCUACGGCAGCUGCUCCACCUUCCGCAGCUCGCUGAGCAGCGACUACGACCCCUACGUCUACCGGAGCCGUAGCCCCUGCCGGGGGUCGGGCGGAGGCGAGCUGGCCGUGUCGGCGGGUAGUGGCCCGGGUUUCGGUUCCGGUCCCGGUCCCGGUGCUGGUGUGUCCGCCGGGUGUCCUUCCUCUACCUCGGGGGCCGUGGUGGUGGGUUCGGCCGAGGACUGCCCCCCUUCGCCCGGGGGCCUGGACUGCAUGCAGCUGACGUCCCCGCCACCCCCACCACCGCCCCCGCCGGCCCCCUGCUACACCCCCGCAGACCAGCACUACCAGUAUCAACACCAGCACCAUCAGCAGCACCAUCAGCAGCAGCUCCUCUCCACCACCGCCUGCGGGAAGGACUCUCUCUGUAGCGGCCGCCCUCUGCUCCCCGAGCCCAGGGACGGCAGCUGCACCUCAGCCACCGCCAGCUCCAGCUCCACCACCCUCCAGCACCAGCACCAGCACCAGCACCAGCACCAGCACCGGGAGGCCUCGUCGUACGGGGCCGCGAUGGGCCGCCACAGGCUCCCGGUGGAGGAGGAGGACGAGGAGGAGAUGGAGGAGGAGGAGGAAGGCGGAGACGGUGGGGGGUGCAGCUGCUGCCUGGAGACCCUGCCGCUCCACCCGGGCCAGGACUCGGGGAGGCACCUCGACGCUCCAGGCCUGAGCCCCGUGAACUUACGCGGGCCGGGAGUGUCCCCCUCGGACCCCCCGGGAGGUGGUGCCGGCGGUAGCGGUGUUGGUGUUGGUGGCGUUGGUGAGCACGGAGGGUACGACGGCCUGCCCUGCUGCUUCUACCAGGAGCUGGCCAUGCAGCGCGGCUCUGGUGGGCGUAGCAGUGGUGGAGCGGGUGGUGGUGGCGGUGGCAUGGUUGGCGCGGGCGGCAGGAUGAGCGCGGACUGUUACUCGGAGGACUACGCCGUGAGCGUCCAGUACUCGCCGCUGGACUCCACUGCCGCGGCCGGCGAGCGAGUACUGGGCGUCCGCGAGCCCAGCCGCCGGAUCCCCAUCAUCCCCGGGGACGCCGACGGGGACGCGGACGGCGAGCCGGGACUCGAGGGGCCCGACGCGGAGCCGCGGGCGUCCCUGCUGCGCUCGUGCCGCAUCGCCCAGGCCCACGAGGAGGAGGAGGAGGAGGAGGAGGAGGAGGAGGAAGAGGAGGCGGUGGCGGGGCGGACUAGUGAGCCCGCCAGGGCCCUCUUCCCCCCCUCGGGACCUUAUCCGCGGAGCAGACAGGCGGCGUACUCGCUGGAGGCCCAGGCCCUGUUCCCCGCCACCAGGGUCUCCUCCACACACUGCUCCCCCGCCGCCAGCGUCGCCUGCACAGCCACUGACGAGGCCUGUGGGGUAUGAGACUGAGACUCACGACCCCUGACCCCUAACCCCUAACCCCAACCACAGUGGCCUCUUGCAUCCAACCCACCUCUCUUAACCUGUUUCUCUGCAGUUGCCUUGUUAAACCUUCACUGAAUGUCUACAUCACAAACUGUGUGAGUUUCUACUGAGGUUUUAUCUCUUAAUGAUCUAUUUUUUUCCCUCUACUUUUUGUUUUUUUUAUUCUCUACUUUCUUUUUUCUUUCUCUCUCUUGUUGUCUCUCAUCAUCUUGCCUCACCCCCCUUUUGGAUUCCAUUGGACUCCUGUGGCCUUCUGCAAAAGUAGUAGACAACGUUUCGGAUUACAUAAAAUGCUGCUGUAUGAAACGGAGGAUAAAACAAAUGGCUGCAGCAGAAUCAGCAGAAACACGUAUGAAGCACAUCUGUCUGAGGGCACUGGCCAGGAUCUAUUCCAAAGCCAAUUCCCAUCUGAUGAACUGGGUGUGUCUGGUACAAGAGCAGGACCAUAUCUUCAUUCAUUCUUUCAUUCAUUCAUGCAUUCGUUCAUGCAUUCGUUCAUUUAUUCAUUCAUUCAUUCAUUCAUUCACACAACUGAAGGUCUCUGCUUUCACACACUAGUGCCCCCACACACACUGAUUGUUUUGAUUGUUUGUCGAAUUUUAAACAUUUCAUUGCUACACUCUUAAAACAACACAACUUGUGUCGUUUUUUAACUCAUCCAGAUAGACAGCACAGUUUGUGUCCUUUUUUUUUUAUUUGUUACAAAACGUGUGUUGAAAAUAACACAAUUUGCAUUGAAAAUAACACAAGUUGUUUUAUAACACAUCUCUGUGUCCAGAUAGGGACAACACAUUCGUUUUAAGAGUGUAAUUUCUUUCUUUGUUUUUACCAGUUUGCCAAGACCAUGUUUCUACACAUCAUAAUGCCAGUAGUCUUAGUUAUUUUUACAUGCUCUAUCUCGCAUGCACUCAAUGGUGCGCAUUCACAAACAGCCUAAAUGAUCUGCAGUGCAUUGUGGGAAGGAAUCAGUCAUCCCAAAGCUUAUCAUGCUGCAAUUCAGAGUUCAUUUUUUUUUUAAGUUUUUUAAAUGAUGCGGUUUUACAAAUCUAGUAUCAGUGCAGUUGUUGUUGAAGCUAAGCAGAUGAAUGGUGAUGUCUGUUUGAGGACUUCCACUUUUGCUCCCUUUUCAACUUUCUCAGGGCUCAGGUCUCCUUUGGAAUAGUGAUAAUAAAACACAGACCAAGACAAAGGUUACAUUUUUUUUUUUCUCUAACAAAUCUACCAGCGAUUCAAAGAGGGUCUGUUUUAGGCUGUCUAUAGGGUAUAGCACCAAAGUAUAGGUGUGUGUUUGAGCGAGAGAGAGUGUGAGAGAGAGAAUGUGUUAAUGGGCUGGGAUUAUUUCCACUCAAGACUGCUUUACCUCUACUUCUGAGAAUGAUUUUCAUAAUUUUCAUACUGUACCACCUUCUGAGUGGUCCGUGUGUGUGUGUGUGUGUGUGUGUGUGUGUGUGUGUGUGUGUGUGUGUGUGUGUGUGUGUGUGUGUGUGUGUGUGUGUGUGUGUGUGUGUGUGUUUGUUUCAGUGAUAGUACAGCUCUCAUGCGUGUCUUUUUACUAGGCCAAAGCAGAAACUCGUUUGGAAACCAUUAGGAUGUGGUGGGGGGUUUCUGAAGCAAACUAAUUCAAAGCAGCAUCUUCGUUUCAAGCUUUUCACAAACACACACACAUACACAAACAUUCUCUCAUUCUUUCAUUCACUCACUCACUGUCUCUCUCUUUCUCUCGCCAUGUCUUCUUUUCUUUUCUUUUCUUCCCUCACUCACACAUGUUCAACACAAGCUCACAUCAUCCACACAGCGAUCUCCUCAUGCCUUUUUUUCUGUGUACACAGAGGUUUUUAUAUUGUUUCUAUGAAAUGUACCCAUCAAGCUCACAACUGGCGGCCAUGAGGAAAGAGAACUGUUUUUUGGUUUUUGAUUAUUUAUGUACCCGCUAGCCGCCGAUUCUGGCACGGAACCGGUCCAGAUCUGGCUCGGAGUCUGGCGAAGCGCCAGGUCCUGGCCGGCUGCAGGCCGAAUCAGAACCAGAGCCUGCUACUGUCUAGGAUGCUGAAACUGUAACCUGGUGCCGUAAUUCAUGGCCAAGAAUCGAAUCUUGCCUUGCAUAGAGAUAUGUACUGCAAAUGUAACAUUUUGGGGUACCUGAGUCACUAUUUAAUUUUUUGUAUUGUUUGUAGCACUUAAGAAGAUUGUAUAAAAGACAAAUGUGUACAAAAAAUAAUAUUUUUUAAUUUUUUAAAAAUAUAAUUAUUUUCUCCAUCAUUACCAUUUUACAAAUGUUUUAAAAAAAGAAAAAAGGCUAGAAAUCAAUCUGUGUAUAUUUCAGUAUCUGUAUAGCAGCGCAUUUCAUGAAUGGAAAUAUGUUCUCUGAAUAUUUAUUUACUAAUAUAUUUAUCUUUAAGCCAUGUCUUAUGUUCAGAGUGUAUGAAAGGUUUGGAUUUUUUUUUAUUAUUAUUAUUGCUUUGGUUUUUGAGAUCACUAACGUGAGACUUGUAAAUACAUGGUAAUUGCACACAAAACAAUUAAAUAUUCUCUGACCAAAAACUGAUUUUAAAAAUUUAGUACCAUACAGUUUUGUAACAAAGUGUACAAAGAUCUGAAAAAUAUAUGGUUUUAUUCAAGUAAAUGAAUGUUGUUGACU